GCAGACAGGGAAGGCGAGGGAGGUUGAGGCUGGGGAGACGCCAUGUUGGUUAAGGGCAGUGCUAUGGCCCUUAGGGACUUUUUGAGAAGAUAGCGUUUCCACGUAUUCCGGAAGCGUCUCCUGGCUUAGCACUGAAGGGUUUUUCCCAUGGCGCCGCCUCUGGCCCCGCUCCCGGUGGAUGUACCCGGGGAGGCCGGGAGCGGACCCACGAGAGAAAGCAGACCCGGGGCCGUGAGCUUCGCGGACGAGGCCGUGUACUUCUCCCCGGAGGAGUGGGGGUGCCUGCGGCCGGCGCAGAGGGCCCUGUACCGGGACGUGAUGCGGGAGACCUACGGCCUCCUGGGCGCGCUCGGAUUUUCAGGCCCCAAACCCGCUUUUAUUUCUUGGGUGGAAAGAGAGGUCGAGGCGUGGAGCUGGGAGGCCCAGGAUCCAGAGGUUGUCAUCAGAGACAGGGGAAAGAUAACAGAGCUUUCUUGCAUUAACACCAUCCAGCUUUCUAGGCUUGAGGAGGCCCCAGUCUCAGAACCUGCCAGAUACUCAGACAUUCAUGCUACUUCCCAGGGCAGGCCACUGUAUGGAACUAUGGAAUGUGCUACUGAGUUUCAAGUUUUAUCUUUUCCCAUCCCAAGAUCCAGGGAUGUGAGUGAAGAAAAAGAACUGAAGAAGAGUCCAAAGCAAAAAGAGAUGGAGCAUGAGGAACUGUCUGAGGAAGUGUCUAUCGAGGAGUGGUUGCCAUCCAGCAGGCCCCCUGGUGCCAGUCACAAAGCUGCAGGCCCAGAACUCUGCUGGAACUCUGGGCAGAGCCCUAUCAAGCCUUGGUUCAGGGGCACUCCAAACCGUAAAUCACCCUACUCUUGCUCAGACUGUGGCCGCAACUUCAGUUACCCCUCCCUCCUGGCCAACCACAAGCGGGUCCACUCUGGGGAGCAUCCCUUCCCCUGUGACCAGUGCCAGGCUCGUUUCUCCCAGCACAAGUACCUGCUCCAGCAUCAGUUCAUCCACACAGGUGAAAAGCCCUACUCCUGCCCUGAUUGUGGGCGAUGUUUCCGCCAGAGGGGUUCCCUGGCCAUCCAUAGACGAGCUCACAGUGGGGAGAAGCCCUACCCAUGCCCAGACUGCAAAAGUCGCUUUACUUACCCCUACCUGCUAGCCCUUCACCAGCAUAAGCACACAGGUGAGAAGCCCUAUAGCUGUCCCAGCUGUGGCCUUUGUUUUGCCUACAGCUCCCUGCUGGCUAUCCACAGGCGCACACAUACAGGCAAGAAGCCCUACCCCUGCCCAGACUGUGGCCUCCGCUUUACCUACUUGUCUCUCCUCAGUCACCAGCGCAUUCACUCUGACAGCCGGCCCUUCCCCUGCUCACAGUGUGGGAAAGGCUUUAAGCGCAAGUAUGCCUUGGAAGCCCAUCAGUGGAUCCAUCGCUCUGGCAAGAGGCCAAGGUGGCAGCGACCCACAGUAGGGCAUUUAGAGCCGAUCCUUGUUUUGGGAAGCCAAGAUCCCCCAGUUCAUUUCAGGUAUUUUCCAGAUAUAUUUCAAGAAUGUGGGUGAUAGAGCUCACGAGAGAUGAUUAGUUUUCUUUGGAAGGGAAAAGGCAAAGUUUAUGCAUGCGGGGGAUAAGGAAUGGAAAGGAAGUAGCAUUUAAAGAAAACAAAGCUCUGAGUUAAGGGAGCACGGAGCUGGUCCUUUGGAUGGAGGCAGGAGUCUGAAACUUGGGAGAGUUCUUCCCUGCAAAUCAUUCACCUACCUGGCUUUUUCCCCUGGAUUGUUCUCUCCCAUAGAGCAUUCUGCUUUCUGGCCUGUAUAUCUCCUGUUCCUCAGAGAUGGGGUCCCCGAGACACAAGAGCCUUUUAGAGGAGUCUGUACCCUCUGAGUAUCCCCUGGAAUAAAAGGCACACCUAGGGCCUAUCCCCAAUGGGGGAAGCUCAUCCAAGGAUUCUUUUAGCCAGUGUAGGUGAAAUUUUUGGCAAGGAGGCACAUGUGGUGUCAAGCCACUGUUGGCACUCUUUGGUCUUAAAAUCCUAAUGGUGACCAUAGGGAGAACAAUGGCUUCAGGUGGAGAACUGUCCUGCCCCAUCUUACUCUGCACAUAGUAUACAAAAGUGUCCAACUUAGCUUAAAGGUUUUUCCCCUCAAACUUUUAUGAGUUAGUGAUUGCAGUGUUUUUUUCUUCAGAUAUUAGCAUGUUCUCUGGAUUUUACACCUUCUGAAUAAAGAUGUGUUCUUGGGGACGCCUGGGUGGCUCAGCGGUUGAGCGUCUGCCUUCGGCCCAGGGCGUGAUCCCGGAGUCCUGGGAUUGAGUCCCACAUGGGGCUCCCUGCAUGGAGUCUGCUUCUCCCUCUGCCUGUGUCUCUGUCUGCCUCUCUCUCUGUGUCUCUCAUGAAUAAAUAAAUAAAAAUAAAAAUAAAAAAGAUGUGUUCUUGGGCCACAAGCAGCGGGAAACAUAAUGCCAGCACUUUUGUUUAAGAGAGUAAAUUACUUGUGAUUAGACUUGAAAUCAAGGCCAGGUAUCUCCAGUCUAAUUUUUAUUGUAAUGCUUGUAUGUGUCAGCAGUUAAGAAAUGUUUUUCUGACCCAUUUUGAUCUGCUAGUCUUACUUUUGAUCAGGAGACUUUUUUUUUUUUUUUUUUAAGAUUUUUAUGUAUUUGAGAGAGUGCACACAAACAGAAGGGGCAGAGGGAGAAGCGGGAGAAGCAGGUUCCUUGCUGAGCAGGGAAGCCUGAUGCGGGGCUCCAUCCCAAGACCCCAGAAUCAUGACCUGAGCUGAAGGCAGCUGCCUAACCAACUGAGCCACCCAGUCGGUUAGGCCAGUAGGACUAAGGACAUCUCCAUGCCAGGAGUCAUACUGGGGGAAUCAAUGGCAGAUGCCCCAAAUUUUUCUUUAAGAGUUGUAAGGGGAUGCCUGCAUGGCUCAGCGGUUGAGCAUCUGCCGUCAGCCCAGGGUGUGAUCCUGGAGUCCCAGGAGUGAGUCCUACAUCGGGCUU